GAUGCGGAAAUUGUGCUUACCGGCGAGUGUCUGACUGUUUUUAUUCGUUUCUUGAGCGAAAAAAUCCCUUAAUACUCAUUGGCAAUUGCAGCGUUCGCUCCCACAAUGUGGGCAGGAUAGACUGGAAUACAACAAUUCGAAAAGAGUUUUUCUCGUUCGGUUCGAAAGCUCUUUAUCCCGUGCUCAAAACCAUGUUUUCCCUGGAAUGCGUAAAAGUUAUUAUGGAAAUAUUCCGACAAGGGCAGUCCUAAGCGAUGGCCUCCGAUAUUCUUCUGUCCGUUUUCGCGAGUGUUCUGUUGGUGUCAGUUCUGGUCAUUCAGGAGGAUGUGGUUGUCGGGGAGCCGGCUGGUGAGACGCGUGUUCCUCUAACGUCGAGGACGGUACGGACCAAGUACGGUGACGUCAGUGGUGUAAUCGUGACCUUGGAUUCGAAGUUUUUGGAACCAGUAGAAGUUUUCCGGGGAAUCCCCUACGCCAGCCCGCCUCUGGGUAGGCUUAGAUUCAUGCCACCAGUGACGGGAGCUUUGUGGUCUGGUAUCAAAGUGGCGGAUAAGUUUGGACCAGUCUGUCCUCAAAGGUUACCCGAUAUUUCUAACGAAACUUUGGCACUGAAGAAGAUGCCUAGAGGAAGGUUGCAGUACCUGAAGAGGUUGCUUCCUUAUUUGCAGAAUCAGAGCGAGGAUUGUCUCUAUUUGAACAUUUACGCGCCAGCACAAGCGGGUACAAGAGAAGGUGGAGUGUCUCCGAAAUUUCCAGUGGUUGUCUUCAUUCAUGGAGAGAGCUACGAAUGGAAUUCUGGAAAUGCUUACGAUGGUAGUGUCUUGGCCAGCUAUGGUCAACUCGUAGUCAUCACAAUCAAUUAUAGACUAGGAAUUCUAGGAUUCCUGAAUGCGAAUACCGAUCCUUACAGUCGGUCGCCUGCUAAUUAUGGGCUGAUGGACCAGAUUGCUGCCUUGCAUUGGAUCCAGGAGAACGUAGCUUCCUUUGGAGGUGAUCCUACCAACGUGACAGUUGCUGGCCACGGAACCGGAGCUGCUUGUGUCAAUUUUUUAUUGACCUCCAGUGCAGUGCCAGAAGGUGUACUGUUCCAUCGAGCCAUUCUCAUGUCAGGUUCGGCGCUAUCCCCUUGGGCCCUCAUCCAAGAACCAUCAAGGUACGCCGCUCAAGUGGCUAUUCACGCGAACUGCUCUCCAGAACUACCCCACCCCAACUUACUCAAGUGCCUUCGAGAAAAACCCUUAGAAACCCUCCUGUCCACGCAGGUCACGGCGCCAGAGUUUUCUUUCGCCUUUGGACCUAGUGUGGACGGAGUGGUCAUCGAUACCGGAGAACCGCCAGGAGAGUCCACUCAUCAUUCAGAAUUUGAUGUGAAUAAGCCUGAGAAGGAGGAACCACAAAAUGCCAUCAAUAUUCUGAACAGUGUCCUGCUACGAAAAACAGUUGUGUCAAAGUUAUCAAGGUAUGACCUUCUGCUUGGGGUGGUGAAGGCAGAAGCGUAUUUCGCGUUUAACGGAGAAGACGUCCAGUACGGGAUCGAGGCAGACAGGCGAUCGAAAAUACUCAGAAACUUCGUGAGAAAUACCUACAGCUAUCAUCUGUCCGAAAUACUCGCCACAAUCGUCAACGAGUACACCGACUGGGAAAGGCCGGUGCAACAUCCUAUCAACAUCAGGGAUGAAACCCUCGAGGCUCUAUCCGAUGCUCAGUACGUUGCUCCCGUAGUUCACACGGCUGAUUUGCAUUCAGCCGAACACAGAAAUUCCUAUCUGUACGUGUUCGAUUAUCAGACAAAGUACGGGGACUACCCUCAGCGUCAGGGAUGCAUUCACGGAGAAGAACUGGCCUACCUUUUCGGGGCGCCACUGGUGGGAGGUUUGGUCCAUUUUGGCAAGAACUAUACCAAGUCGGAAGUUGUGCUUUCAGAAACUACAAUGAUCUAUUGGAGCAAUUUCAUCAGAACUGGAAAUCCGAACGAAUCUCCAGACAAUGAUCAAGGUCACUCCACAAGACAAGAGAGAGCAAGGUUCAAAAACGUUGAAUGGACGGCAUAUGAAGCGGUUCAUAAGAAGUAUCUGAAUCUUGAUACCAAGCCCAAAUUGAAGAACCACUACCGAGCCCACCGUCUCUCCUUUUGGCUCAACUUAGUUCCAGACUUGCACAAACCAGGAGGAGACGAUGUGCCCAUGUCUCACCAUCAGCUACUAGAUAACGAUCCUCCGCUACCAAGGCUGCCAAACUUAAACCCAAGAAAGCUCCCGACCACCUUGAAUCCUCUGGAUGGAAAGAACGCACCACCCCCAUCUAAUACCACCGUUGUUCACAUCACUGCCACAACUGACUCCGUUGAAAGGGUGGAAGAGCUUGGGGGUAUGAGCACCACACAACACCCCAUUGAAGACGGCUUCGCAGCUUAUUCUACCGCACUCAGUGUCACUAUAGCUGUGGGGUGCAGUCUCCUCCUCCUCAAUAUCCUGAUAUUUGCCGGCGUCUACUAUCAGAGAGACAAGGCUAGGGAUCAUAUGAUGGGCCAGCCAAAGAAGAGAAAUGAAAAUGGUCAGAUGCCGAAUAAUAUUUGUGGAGAUCUAGAGUCGAGCAUUAUUGGUGUGAAAGCAGACCCGGCAUCAAUACUGGCCCAUCAUCACUCCCAUCACCAUCAGCUUCCACCCCCGGAGUUCGCAGACCUCCCGCACAACAACGCCACCCUGCCGAGGCCGCCGCCCCCUCCGAAGGUCUCCAAGGCUAACGUGAACACCCUCUGUUCGAACCAGAUGGCGGAGAACCAGCCGCUUCUCUCCACGCAUACCAUCCAGUUGAUCAACACUGGAACCCUCACGAAAAAGAACACUCAGUUGAACUCAAAGACCGACACAAGAAUGGAGGAAUUGAGGGUGUGACGUUAACUUGUGUAAAAUAUGUGAUCGCAAUACUUUUGACUGUUGCUCAAACAAUUUUUCUAUUUUUUACUUCAACUAGCCGGAGGUACGACCCAAUGACUAUGUGAACGAUCGACCUAUACCUUACCUACCUAGAUCAUCAGAAACUUCUACAAACAUGUUAUGUACAUUGGAAUGUGUUAGGCAAUUAUGAUUGAAUUUUUCUACUUUACUAAUUGGAAGAUCGGCAGAUUAACUGAAAAUUGCAAAUAAGUUAUCGGAAGAAGUGAAUUAAUAACAUGAAAACCAAAAACUAUCGAUCAUUAUUAAACCCACAAAAGAAAGCUAAAAACCAAUAUUAUUGUGAAUUCAAUAAUCUUGAGUGGCUCAAAUAAUCUCCUCUAAACUACGAAAAGAUGUUGAAAACAACAACAGACGCACAUUUCAAAAAUAACUGGUAAUAAAUCGCGAAAAGCACAUUUUAAAUCAUUCGAAGAGUGUCAUGUAGCCUCAUUUUUUUACGAAAAAAUUCGAAUCUGCCCUGGAAGUCUUCCAUCUGGUGUGAUCUUCCAAUUAUCCCUAGAAAAUUCUCAAUAUUUGAUUUGUACAAAUGGAAUUGUAAAAAGAUGUUAUCUUUCUAUCUUGAAGAAACUUAACUAGGAAAAUACUUAAAUUUGAAUGCGUUGUGAUUUAAAACUGUCCAUUUAUGACCAAUUUAUCGGUUCAUUUAAAUCAAUUUUCACAAAGAGAUACUCUAUGAGAAAUAUUUAAUUAUUAUAUAAAGAGAAUUUUUAAAAUAACUGGUUCACCUUCUUGCUAGAAAUGCACCGAAAAAAAAUUCAUUCAAUAAUGGUCAUCUAAACUUGAAAGUUUUAUUUGUGGAAUAUAUCAAAUCAAAUCAAAUAAUCAUCCCUUAAUUCAAUAAACUGAAGUUUUCAUAUGAAUUGGCAAUAGUUCUCUCUAUAAUAUGUUUAUGUUAAUUCAAAAAUCUGUCGAAAAUUCAUUUGAAUAAGAAGCGAAAUAUUUAUAUCAUUGUCUUCGUCAUUCGUUCGGUAGAGGUAAACUUCUGAGACGGCCUGAUGAAUUAGGGAUUUAAAAUUCGAAUUAAACCUCAUAGGUAUCGGAAAAAAUAUUUUCAAUAAUACUAUAAUGAAUGGGAUGUAUAACUGGAGUUUAUCAUUAAUGAAAUGUUUUAGAAUACCUACAGAUGAGAUAAAUUUGCAAUAAAAUGUAUCCAUAUAUCCAAACGUAAAAUCGUUUUAUGGUUUUUAUUCGGCAAGAUUCUAAUUGGACUGUGUACAGCAUUGUUUUUUAAUUAUAAAAAAUUAUAGUUCAUCUAUCGACCUGAGAUAUGUUUUAUAUGGAUAUCAAAGAAGAAUGAAUGUUGUGUACAUAAAAUAAUUAAUUAGACUAACGAAUGUUAAAUAAAUAAUUUCAAAAAUGUGA